AUGGCGGUGCCCGAGCCGUCGAUGCCACUGUCGCGAGGAGGCCCAGGUUCCGCUUCGCUCUCUCCUCCCCGAGGCGACCGCACCCUCCUCGUCCGGCACCUGCCGGCGGAGCUGACGGCUGAGGAGAAGGAGGACUUACUGAAGUACUUCGGGGCGCAGUCCGUGCGCGUCCUGUCAGAUAAGGGACGCCUGAAACAUACAGCAUUUGCUACUUUCCCCAAUGAAAAAGCAGCUAUAAAGGCAUUGACAAGACUCCAUCAGCUGAAACUUUUAGGUCAUACUUUAGUUGUCGAAUUUGCAAAAGAGCAAGAUCGAGUUCAUUCGUCAUGUCCCGCCUCAAACGCAGAGAAAAAGAAAAGGUUGGAUGACACUGUGGAAAAUGAUAAAGAGAAGAAAGAGCCUGAUGUUUUAACAGUAGAAAAUGGGAUUGCACCAAAUCACGGACUGACUUUUCCUCUAAAUUCAUGCCUCAAAUACAUGUAUCCACCACCUUCAAGCACAAUCCUUGCGAAUAUAGUAAAUGCUCUGGCAAGUGUCCCUAAAUUCUACGUCCAGGUGCUUCAUCUUAUGAAUAAAAUGAAUUUGCCCACACCGUUUGGACCGAUUACUGCACGACCUCCUAUGUAUGAGGACUAUGUGCAGUUGCAUGCACCCCUUCCACCUACAUCACCUCAACCGCCUGAGGAGCCUCCCUUACCAGACGAGGAUGAGGAUUUAUCUAGUAAAGAAUCAGAAUACGAAAGCAGUGAUGAGGAGGACCGACAGAGAAUGAACAAACUGAUGGAGCUAGCAAAUUUUCAGCCCAAAAGACCCAAAACAGUAAAGCCACGCCACGUCAGAAAAAAACGGAAAAUAAAGGACAUGUUGACUGUACCUUCACCAGCUUCCCAAAGUUUGCAUCCUGUGCUGUUACCUUCGGAUGUAUUUGACCAACCACAACCUGUAGGUAAUAAAAAAAUCGAAUUCAAUAUAUCGACCAACGUGCCUGCAGCAUUAAACAAAGAUUUGGAGACAGAACAAAAUAAUGAGGAAAAAAAUUCUGAUUCACCAGACACUGGCCUUGAUGAUUCAAAUACAGGAUUUGGAAAACUCUUCCCCAAACCUAAUGUGAACAUCACAGAAGAGAUUAAAGAGGACUCUGAUGAAAUGCCCUCACAGUUUAUUUCUAGAAGAGAGUUGGAAAAGGGUCGUAUUUCCAGAGAAGAAAUGGAAACUCUUUCAGUUUUCAGAAGUUAUGAACCUGGUGAGCCAAACUGCAGAAUUUAUGUCAAGAAUUUAGCUAGACAUGUUCAGGAAAAGGACCUUAAAUUUAUCUUUGGGAGAUACGUCGACUUCUCUUCAGAAACACAGCGGAUCAUGUUUGAUAUUCGCUUAAUGAAAGAAGGACGCAUGAAGGGACAAGCUUUUGUAGGACUUCCAAAUGAAAAAGCAGCAGCCAAAGCCUUGAAAGAAGCUAAUGGCUAUGUUCUAUUCGGGAAGCCCAUGGUGGUUAUCACUUAUCUGUUCAUUAUGGAGGCCUUAAUGUUAACAUAUUAGCAGUUUGCUCGAUCUGCCAGACCAAAACAUGAUUCUAAAGAAGGAAAACGGAAGUGAUACAGACAAUAAAGGUAAGUGUGGAUAAGACAUUCAGUGAUAAGACAUUUUCUUAGAGUAAAUGUAAGGAAAUAUAAAAAUAAUACAGGUUACUAAUUCAGAUAUUUUAUGAGUUUUUAAGAAAAUUUCUGUAUACUAUUCAUUCUCAUUAACGUCAAAAUUAUAACUAGCUUAAAGUAAGCUGUGUGUAACAUUUUUUUAGGAUUUUAUAAAGAAUAUUGGUCAUUAUUUUAUGUUUUCUGCACAAUGAUGUUUUUAAUAUCUAAUCUGUGUUGUAAUCACUUGGAGAACUGAUAAGAACAGAUUGCUGACCCUUCCCUUCAAGAGUUUCUGAGUCAGUAAUUCUGAGGUGGGUGACCAGUAAUCCCAUUUAUCCUGUCAGUAAGGGAUUUGUCAUGCAGUAAUUGCAAGUAUUGCAAGGAACAGUAUCUGGCAGGCCAGAGCUGGCUGAGUAUCCUGGCACCUGACCAGUCAUCCAGUCAUUGAGAUCACAGGGUAACACUGGGGUGUUUUGUCCAAGGUGCACAUUUUCAGAACUGAAGCAAACAGUUACUAAAGUACUGUGUAUUUCAUCCCAUAUAUUAUUAACAUUUUUACAAAAAUAUGAUUCUGAAGUAUUUUUGUUUAAAACAGGUAGUUUUGGUACUUAAGUGAAUGAAUGAUUUUAAAUAGUGGAAUUGAAUAAUAUUUUAAAUUAUUAACUUGGUACUUUGAAAAAAAUCAGACAAAAGAAUAGUUUCUGAAUAUUUGGGGGGUGGAGGAUAGUUAGAGAUAAUUUACUUUUAGUUAUUCUACUCUUAGAGUCUGAAGAACACAAAAAUCAUUAGUCAAAAUUGCUAUUUAGCUGGAAAACACCUAUUAAAAUAGAAAUAUUUGCUUACCAUUUAAUCUUUGUAAGUUUCUUGGAAUGUUUAAGUUUACUGUCAAGAGACUCAGAUGUCUCAAAAUGUUAUACAGAAAAAAAGAAUGAAGAAUUUCAGUCUGUAUUUUAGUAAAUUGUUUAUAAAUCUGUUGCUAAAGAUUAGAAAAAAAUAAACCACAUUCUGCUGUUCUUCCUUAGAAGCAUUCCUGCGUAAAUACUGCUGUAGCACUGUCAUACAAGCGUAUCCUUUCUUGUCGUAUCCUUUUGGAGCAGUGGCUUUGUUUUCUUUCAUUUUGUUUUCUAGAAAUGUUUGGUCUACCUUCUAUCCUUUAUCCAGAUUAAGUAUUUUUUUACUUUAUUUAAAUGAAACAUUUGUCAAAUAGUUUUGUUUCCUGGACAAAUAUUUUCUGUAUUUUAAAUUCCAUGGUUAAUUUUCUAUGCUAUCAUAUAAGUCAAUGAGUUUUUACCAGGGAAAGUUAGUGAAUCAGGUCACUUAUUAUAUACAAUUGCUUGACCACGGAAUAUGGUAAUAUUUCUUAUAUAUGUUAAUUUCUUCAACCUAAUUCAGGAACAUGCUUCCUGUUUUGUGUUAUCCCAUUUAGGUGUUGUUCUAGUUUCAUUUUUGUGGCUGGGACAAAUACCCUGACAAAAAGUGACUUAGUGAAGAAGAAGGGAAUUAUUUGCUUUUCAAUUUAUAGUUCAUUGUUGUAGAGAAGUCAAGGCAUGAAUCUAAAGUGUAAUAUCCACAGUCAAGAGCAGAGAGAAUAAAGCUAUAGCUUGCCUAGUGUAAGCUAGCUUCACAGUCCCCUUUCCUAAGCAAUGGUGCUACCCACAAUUGGUUGGAUAUUACAUCGGUGAACAGUCAAGACUAUGUUAUGUGCUCAUACCAACAUAGUCUAGAUAGUGCUUUAUUAAGACUUUUCCCAGGUAAUCUAAUAUGUCAAGUUGAUAAUUAAAACUGCCUAGCGCAGUUGUUCUGUAUAACAUAUAAGUUUUGACUGGGAAAUGAUCUUUUUCUUAUAAUAAUAAAUAUAUUGAAAAUUAAGAUUUGAAAAAAAAAAAAGAAAGAAAAAGAAAAAGAGAAAGAGAAAAACCCUUAAGAUACAUCAAGGUUGGUUGUAUGCCUUUCACAAGUAGGAUUUCCUUUACUCUUUGUCUUUUCAAAACAAAAAAAACUCCAAAAACAAAAUUUAAACACACGUGAAGAGAACAGAGAAGACAUGUUUAUCUACUUAUAUAGUUAGUAAAUUAUCUUCUAGAAAUAAGAACAAUGAUUCCAGGCUAUAUGACAAGAAUCUCCCAGAAUAGCCAGUCUCAAAUUCUGCACAUUUAAAUUCUGAUAAUUUUAAAAUAUAUGAUAAUGCAUUAUCCAUUGAUGUUUAAUGUCUUAGAGUUUGAUUCUACUAUAUUAAUAUAGAGAGAACCAGCAGGAAGAUAGUGUAUGUACAAAUGUUUCUAUCUCAGAGCUAAUAAAUCAGAAUCACUUCAAUAAUGUCUUGUACUUGAAAGUUUUCCUUAGUAAUAGAAAGGACCACUGACAAAUUUGGAUUUUUUUUUUUAGGAAAAUAAAAAUCCUCAAAAUUUUGUGGCAAGUGUUGCUAUGCUAUUAUAAGUGCUUUAAAACUACUCACAAUUCUGUUGUCAUCCUAAGAGUAGAAGCUUUCUAAAAUUGAUAUUGCAGUCUCUUCAUAUUCACAAUUGAAAUAUUUUAGUUUUUAGUAUUAAAAGUAGCCUUUCUUACAUAUAUCUUAUGCUGACAUGAUUCACUAAUUUUCUACAUAUAAAUAUUUGGGCUUAAUUAACUAAUUUAUUAUAAUUAUUUUUAAUGGAUCUUUAUGGUGUUUUAGGUUCCUUCUGAAUUCUGUAUCUUUCAAGUACUGUGGAGCAUUGAGAGAAGAAAUUGGCCGUCUGGACAAUGGAACUGUGCGUAACAACUUUGGAAACAUUAAAAUAUUACAUAUCUUCAAAUUAGUGCUUGGAAAUGUAUUGUACUGGCCUAUUGCAUAUAUAAUAAAUUAUUUUUUUCUCAA